AACGCAGAAAAUAACACUCACCCUAUCGAUUGGUCCAGUUACCGAGUCGGCUGACGGGCAGACACCCCCCUUGCGCGUAGCGCCCUUCCUCUCUUGGGGUAGAGUACUAUAAUGUCGCUGGGGUCACUCAAACCCCCAGAACUGAGCCUCUACUUUGGACAAUCCUCUUUGAUUCCAACAUCGAUGGAAACGGAAAAGAACUCCCAAGGGUCGAAUCGAAUCGAAUAAAAAUAAAAUCUCAUCGAUUCAGAAUUAAAUUUUCGAUCGAUCGGCACUGGUUGUAUUCUUCAAUUACCGAAAUAAUCGGUUUCCGUGGAUCAAACAAAAUAUUCCACUUUUCCAAUGAUGUGAGUGCGCAUUUCCAAAUUAAAAGGAUUCCAGACCACUCCAAGGAUGGAUAUUGCUAAAUCGUUAUUCAACAUGAGAGUGCAUGAGGGUUAUGUUGGUAAAGAUGAUUAUAAUAAAAAAUUGGAAGCAGGUUCCGAUGAUGACUGUGACACGGACAUUAACGGUUUCUGCGAGGAUGUCAUCUGUCCCAUCCCCGGUGGUCCAUUCUCCGCCCUAACUGCCUCCAUGUGGCCUCAAGAUAUUUUGGCUAAACUCAGCCAGCCUGAUGAUCCAAACUCCCAACCCGAUUAUCGAUUCGACGAAUUCGGUUUUCGCGUAGAAGAGGAAGAUGGUCCUGAGCAAAGUUCGAAGAAACUCCUUGGCGUUCCCUUCAUGGACGAUCCAGAGUACAAACAUCAGUGGAUUUCCGUCUUGGAGUUCACUCACACUCAGGAAAUCUCCGACAUCUCCUGGGAGAAUGGAAAAACCGACGAGCGUCUCCCGAGAACAGAAAAACUUCGAGAAAUGGUACGACGAGGUAUACCCCAUUCCCUUCGCCCUAGAAUCUGGAUGAGAAUAUCAGGAGCUUCGCAAAAAAAAUCAUCAUCAGAGAUGACCUAUAAAGACAUCGUCAAGGCUUCCAGUAAUGACGUCCUGAUGACCUCUAAACAAAUAGAAAAAGAUUUGCUACGUACUAUGCCAGCGAACGCCUGUUUCUCUCACCUUCACAGCACAGGGAUCCCAAGAUUACGUAGAGUAAUGAGGGGAUUGGCCUGGCUGUACCCUGAUAUUGGUUACUGUCAAGGUACAGGGACAAUGGCAGCUUCUUUGCUUCUCCUACUUGAAGAAGAAGAUGCUUUCUGGAUGAUGGCAACCAUUGUAGAGGAUUUGCUACCAGCUUCUUAUUAUUCCUCUACUCUCCUCGGUGUCCAAGCAGAUCAGAGAGUUCUAAGAACACUCAUAGCUAAUUACUUACCUGACAUUGAUCAUGUGCUGGUUCAGCAUGACAUUGAACUCAGUCUGAUCUCCCUUCACUGGUUCUUAACACUUUUUGCUUCAGUGGUUCACAUGAAAAUAUUAUUGAGGAUAUGGGAUCUAUUCCUGUUCGAUGGAUCGAUUGUUUUGUUCCAAAUAACUCUAGGAAUGCUGAAGAUGAGGGAGAGUGAGUUGAAACAGCUCGAGAAUUCCGCUCAGAUCUUCAAUGCACUUUCCGACAUUCCUGGAGAUAUUGAUGAUGUUGAUCAGCUGUUCGAAGUUUCAUUAGAUGUUAGUGGGUCUUUGACUGAUGUUUUAAUAGAAACCCACAGAAGAAGACAUCUGGCGUAUUUAAUGGCGGAUCAAGGUGGACUUGUGGGAAAUCCUGAUGCAAGUCCCAAUUUGCCUAAGCAGCAUUUGAACCGGAGACAGAUGAAGAGGAACAAAUCGAUGUUGCAGAGCUUUUUGUUUGGAGGAGAAGAGAGAGGAGAGGAUGCCAAAUCCAAGAAUAUUAGACAGACGGAAAUUUUAGUCGAUUUGAGAGAGACGGUGCUGCAAGUAGCUAGACAUUUUAUGAAUGUCGAUCCUAAGAUGAAUGGUGGAGAUCUGGUGGCAGAUUACACGAUGGAGAGUCACUCUAAGGAUCAUGAUAAUUAUAUUAAUGUGUCAAGAACUCGUCAAAGACGAGCGAAGGCCUUGCUGGAUUUUGAGAGGCACGAUGAUGAUGAGUUAGGCUUUCGGAAAAAUGACAUAAUCACGAUUAUCAGUCAGAAGGAUGAGCAUUGCUGGGUUGGAGAGCUCAAUGGACUUAGAGGAUGGUUUCCAGCUAAAUUUGUCGAGUUACUCGACGAAAGGAGUAAACAAUACACGUGCGCCGGUGAUGAUGCUGUUAGUGAAGCUGUGACUGAUCUUGUUCGAGGAACUCUAUGUCCAGCUCUCAAGGCUGUUCUGGAACAUGGCAUGAAGAGAGCCAACUUUUUAGGGGGCCCCUGUCAUCCCUGGUUGUUUAUUGAAGAAGCUUCCACCAGAGAAGUUGAAAAAGAUUUCAAUUCAGUUUACAGCCGACUAGUUCUCUGUAAAACAUAUCGAUUGGAUGAAGAUGGAAAAGUGCUUACUCCGGAAGAGCUACUUUAUCGUUGCGUACAGUCGGUGAACCUCACUCAUGACAACGCUCAUGCACAAAUGGACGUGAAGUUACGUUCUCUAAUUUGUCUCGGAUUGAACGAACAGGUACUGCACCUCUGGCUCGAAGUUUUAUGUUCGUCUGUCGAAGUAGUACAAAAAUGGUACCAUCCAUGGAGUUUCGUGAAUAGUCCGGGCUGGGUGCAAAUUAAAUGUGAGCUUAGAAUCCUUAGUCAAUUUGCCUUCAAUCUCAAUCCAGAUUGGGAAUUACCACCGAAGAAAGAGCAGUCUCAACCCCUCAAAGAUGGAGUUAGAGAUAUGCUUGUGAAACAUCACUUAUUCAGUUGGGAUUUGUAAAUAGAUAUUAGUCAAGAGAUUCUUUGACUAAUCAUCUCUAAAUUAUAUUCUCCAUUUAUUAUUGGUUAUUAAGAAAGUGCGUCUGAUUAAACUUCAGGUACUUACUUGAUUUAUAAACGAGUUCUCAACUUGUGUUUUUCUUAUAGAAAAUAAAAGGGGUACAUGUGCGGUUUAGGUCCACCAAACAGAUAAAUCAUUGAAAUAAUCAUUGCUCUGAUGAAUAACCCAUUCGUAUCCUCUCAGUAUUCCAAAAUAAGAAGAGAAUGAGAGGAAGAAUUAGAGAAAAAUACAUCGCCAAAUAGUUCUGAGGUAAACUCUGUUCAUCAGAAAUCCUUAAAGCCCCCCUCCCCCUGCUGUCGCUGUUGACACGACGAGUGAGUGAUAUUAUAUUCAAUAAUUUGAAUUGCUACAGAAGGGCAGCAGUGGAUUAAUCACUGGUCGUGUUGCAGUCAGUGAUGGUAGGUGGUCGGGUGAGGUGAAGUCAGAGUUUUUAGUGAAGUGCCCAGGACUAUUUGAAAUCCAUCUUUCUGUGAGUCCAUUGUCUCUAAAUGUACCAACAUGUGUUGUCUUUGGGGCCGAGAACACCGCCACGUCCUCGUCGUGGCCCUGGAUAACGCAGAGAGCGGUGUAUUAACAACCAUAGCUCCCAAACUAAUUGUUUCCCUCUAAACACGUGCCCAGAUCCUUAAUUAGGUGACGGAAGCCCAUUCCAAUACACAACAUCCAGAAUGAUUUGAUGGACCUGAACUAGACAUUUACCAAUGAAAUGAUGGAUUGGAUAGUUGAUGGGUUCAAAAAUAAUAUUCGUCCGGUAAUUUUCGUGUCAGUCAUAAAUGAAAUGUUGAAAAAAUUAGUGAAAAAAAAUCUGGGGUGUGCCGUACACGUACAAGUACGAAGAGCUGUAUACUAUUUUUCUGAAGAGACUGAAGAUUUAAAGAGAAGAUGAAAAUAAUAAUUUAUUAAUUUAUAAUUUUAUCAUUCAAUCAUCCGUCCUGGAAUUUGUUGAAUCAAAGAAAAGAAUCAUUACAAAAAAGUCAAGAAUUUAAAGGGUACAAAUAUUAGAUAGGUGGAUCAUGGUAGAUAAGUUUAAAAUGUUAGACAGUUUAAUUUUGAAAGUAUUCUCGAAACUUUGUAAUGGGUUUAUCGAUUCGUAAAUUCGAAAAUAUAUUUGAAAAAUAAUUUGCACACCCAUCA